GAGGAAAAAAAGUUGAAUUAUACAGCAGCAGCUUCGUGUAGUUUACACCUGCAAGGAGGGAAGGAGGGAAGCUGUGCUCAGUGCUAAUGACAGACUGCAGGAGCCAACAACAAAUUCCCGGGAUUUGCAUUUUUCUUUUUUCAGUUUUUUUCCCUCUCCAGCAGUGGAAUAUUUUGCUUUUCUAGGAUGCAGGUGCACAUCUUGUGUUGGCUGUGUGCUCCUUGUGUGCUUUUUCUGCAAGGCAGGUCAGUCCUCUGUAAGGAGAUGAAGUUACUCGGCGGUGCAAGCAGACCCCCGUCACCAUCUGACUUUCUGGACAAGCUGAUGGGUCGCACAUCUGGCUAUGAUGCUCGCAUCAGACCUAACUUCAAAGGUACAGCGCGAUGCGGUGGGAGGAGCCUUCCUGUCAUGACAGGUCCUCCUGUCAACGUCACCUGCAAUAUCUUCAUCAACAGCUUUGGCUCCAUCACUGAAACAACCAUGGACUACCGGCUAAAUGUAUUUCUGCGGCAGCAGUGGAACGACCCUCGCCUGGCCUAUAAAGAGUACCCGGACGACUCACUGGACCUGGACCCCUCCAUGUUGGACUCCAUUUGGAAGCCCGACUUAUUCUUCGCCAAUGAAAAGGGAGCCAACUUCCAUGAAGUCACCACAGACAACAAACUGCUCAGAAUAUUCCAGAACGGAAAUGUCCUGUACAGCAUCAGGCUGACAUUAACCCUCUCCUGCCCUAUGGAUCUGAAAAACUUCCCCAUGGACAGCCAGACGUGCAUCAUGCAGCUGGAAAGCUUUGGCUACACCAUGAAUGAUCUGAUCUUUGAAUGGCUGGAUGUGGGCGCCGUGCAGGUGGCGGAUGACCUGGUUCUCCCUCAGUUUGUGCUGAAGGAGGACAAAGGCCUGGGCUACUGCACCAAGCACUACAACACAGGUAAAUUUACCUGCAUUGAAGUCAAAUUCUACCUGGAGCGCCAGAUGGGCUACUACUUAAUCCAGAUGUACAUACCCAGCCUGCUCACUGUCAUCCUUUCUUGGGUGUCCUUCUGGAUCAACAUGGAUGCUGCUCCAGCCAGAGUAGGCCUGGGCAUCACCACGGUGCUCACCAUGACCACGCAGAGCUCUGGCUCCAGGGCGUCCCUGCCCAAGGUGUCCUAUGUGAAAGCCAUCGACAUCUGGAUGGCAGUGUGCCUUCUUUUUGUGUUUGCUGCACUCCUGGAGUAUGCGGCCGUUAAUUUUGUUUCACGGCAGCACAAGGAGUUCUUCAGGCUGAGGAAGAAGCUCAAGGAGCAAGAGCAGCAAAGAAGUCAGGGAAGUGGCGAGAAUAAGACGAAAGGAAACAUGUCAGGCAACUACGGGCAGCAGUGCAGCGCCUGUGCCAGGGACGAGGAGCUGGCACGCCAUGGGUUUCUCUUCCAGAGUUAUGGGCUUGGCUGUGCUCCAGAGAUGGACGCAACCCCGGUGUUUGCCGACUUACCUCCUGGUUUAGGCUACUAUGACAUAAGACGGCGCUUUGUGGACCGAGCUAAAAGGAUCGACACAGUCUCCCGGGCUGUGUUCCCGAUGAGUUUCCUUAUGUUUAACGUCCUCUACUGGCUUACCUACAAGGUCCUGCGGCACGAAGACGUCCAAGUUACAUUCUGAGGACCACAUGGGCACCGGACCGUGUCACUGAACCAUUAAUGGGCCUCAGCUGAGCCAUGCAUGAUGCGAGGUGACUGCAUGUCUGGCUCUAUUAAGACAUUACGUGGCAUCUGUACAUUUUUAAUACUUCCAGAGAUGUGCACUAAUGCGUCAUACAUUACACACCAGUUGGCAUUGUGACAGUAAUCAAGUCACAGUUUUUUAUUCUUUUUUAUGUUCUUUUCUGUCGCUUCACUCGUGUUCCAACUGCUACAUGUCCGUUCUAGAGAGUCUUAUUUUAUAAGUUGGGUACUAACGACCACAUCGUUCCAGCAUCGGGCAUAUUAAGUACAAAUGCAUCAUGAUAAUGAUAGAAUGGGAACACGCUGCUCAUCACACAUCCAAGGCCAAGCGAAAUACUACAAAUCAUUACUAUUAUUUAUUAGCAGCAUCAGAAUAAAAACACAGGACAAACAAAAAACUGAUUUGUAAAUACUGUAACUGAACAAUAUUUAAUAUGAUGUAAGACAGGUAUGAUAUAGUAUCAUGGACACAAUUUCGAUGUCAGAUUUGGGGGGAGACCAAACAACAUGCUAACAAUUUACAGUCAACAGAAGACCACCCACUACAGCUAACUAACGACAGCACCGGUUGUCCAGUCCGUGCACCUAGUACUUGAGAUGUCAAUACAGCUCUCGUAUGGGACCUCCUUACAUUGGAAACGUGGACGUAAUGUGUCUGGUCUGUGUGUGUGUGUGUGUGUAUAUGACACAGCAAGGAUCAAUCUUCUUUUCAAAACAUCCAAAUAGAGAAUGUCAUUUAUUUCUAGCUAUAGUUCAUCUCACAAUAUUUGUCUUUAGGGUUUGGUUUUGUAACGUUUCUGUCAUAAAGCUGACAACAUUCGUUUCCAAUUCAAUAAAGGCCUAAAUGUUUA